CAUCGCGUCAUGGAACUUAUAUGGACGGGCAAUUGGCUGUCAAAAUGGAAGAUGCUCUGGGAAUGUACCCAAUCCAUUAUGCCUGUCAAAACCAGACAUCUUUUGAAAGUAUCAAAUUUUUUGUCGAGAACUUCAAUCGCUGUGCUACUUAUCAGAACUCUGAUGGAGACUUACCAAUCCAUUCCAUGCUUUCACGAGAUAAUCUUUUUUCGGCAAGUUCAAGUGGAAGUGUAAGAGGUGCUUCGCUCGCAAAGCCCCUCGGUCUACUGACAGUGAAGGAGAAAGAAUGGCAAGAAGAAGUUAAAGAAGUGCAAAAACUCAAAAUGAGGAUCUUGCUGGAACCACUAAAUUUGCCCGAGCACCUCAAGGUUGGAAGUUUUGCUCAUGGGAUGACACCUCUGCAUGUGGCAGUUGCUUUUGGUGUCUUGCCCUAUGAACGAAUCUUUCGUAUGCUUGACGCUUACCCCGAAGCGAAUCGUCAAAAUACAACCGAAGACGGUCACAAUUACUCAUGUAUUCAACUCCAUGAUUGUCUUGAAGAAGAGACAGAAGAUCAGGAGGAGUGGCAGGCUGUCAAAGAACUACUUUACUCAUACAAUCCUCUGGUUGAUAGCCAUCGACGAGAUGAGGAAUUGUUACAUUCUUGUUCUAAGUUAGUUCGAAACGAAAUAUCUGGUUGUGGUAGCUUUCAUCUCAUCAAGUUAAAAGAGUUUGGCUUCAAAUCUCAAGAUAAUGUCGAUCUCAACAAGACACUGUCAGAAAUCAAUGCAUCCGCUGUUGAAACCCCAAGUAGGUUGGAGCAGAGAAGACGCGAAAAGGCGCUGAGGCGUACUUUACAAAGAAGAGAAAACGAGAUGAAUGAGGUCCAGAGAGACACAUCAUCUUCUUUUGUUUCGAUGAUCGCUAACAAGCUUAGCGGGAAAGAUGUGAAUGAGGCUAAGAAAUCAAUCUAUGACGACGACCUGCAAGGACAAUAUGUUGUAAGUCCUCAGCAGAGUAUGGACGAUGAAGACGGACAUCACAGUGCAGAUGGUUUCAGUAAUUCAGAUGGUGAUGAAGUUUAUGAUUCAGAUGAUGAGACUCUCUCGAACGGAGAUUUAUUUUCCGAAACACUAGGUAGUGAUGCUGUCAGUCAAACGCUGUCGCAGACGUUGAGCUUCGUACAGUCCGGGACUUAUGCAAGCGACAAGUCUUUGCUUAGAAAAGCGAUCGCGGAUAAAGUAAUCGAUGACUAUCCGCCCAUCGAGAAUCGCAAUUCGGAUCAUGCAGCGGGCAACGUUAAUAAAGAGUGCGCAGCAAAACUAACACCGAAGAGUGGUACGACGUUUGAGCUCAGUCCAGUUGGUAUAAGGUUGUGGUGUUUUUUUGUUGCUUAUAACAAUCGUAAGAGUCCGAAGGAUAAUUACCUCCCACAAGUGCAAUCCAUUCUUGAAGACUUAGAAUUCGAUGUUGUGGAGAAACUGAUCGAUCUUGCGGUUCCCGAAUGUGCAGUCGAGUUCAUCGACCCCGACAUUUCGCCCCUAGGUUUGACCAUGCGCGAUAUUGCGAGUCCGACAGUAAAAGCGCUGUUCGAGAGUUAUUAUUAUUUCUUGGGUCGUUAUGAAUUCUCUUCAGACAUUGAUGGCGUUUUGCUUCAUCGUAGCUCUGAUAACAACACCGUAUGCAUUCGGGCGACGGAGCAUUGUGUGAAAACAACAGAGUAUCAGCCUCCGAAGGUUUACAGUCCUGGAGUAGCAGAAGAAUCGAUCUGGAACACAGGUGAAAUGGUUCGAGAUGAAGAAGGUUACAUGGCAUCUGAGUUUAAUGACAAGAAGAGACAAGUCUGUUUCAAAUUUACCCGAAGUAAAAGUGUAUAUGAUAAUGAAAUCUCAUCUCGCUCACAGCUCGGUAUGGAAGAGGGAGUUACUACACCUAAUCAUAUUCUCCCCCUUUUUAGUCAUUUCAGUGCAUCUGAUCACGGACGGUAUAAAUUGGAUGUGAAGGACGAAAGAUUCAGGAUCUUGAAUUGCUAUGGUGGCGAAUACGUAAGGCUCGCUGAUUAUUCUUAUGCACUUGUUUACCCGCACUCUGACGAAGGUGACUUAUUCGACUAUUUUUUUCACCAAGGGGCGCACAAACAAAAUGAAGUUGUUGACAUAGCUCUUCAGGUGGCGAAAGCCCUGAAACUAAUGCACGAUAGAAACGUCGUUCAUCGUAAGUUGUCAAUGCGCUCAAUAAGAAUGCUUCCGUUUGAUCCUGAAGUGCAAAAUCCGCAACGAACAUGGGUAUUGACCAAUCUUUCGAGCGCCUCGUGCGAUUGUGAAGCAGAGUUCAUGGGGGCAGUUUCUCCCGAUGGAUCUGUUCACUUCGAGACUGGUCUUUUGCCGCCGGAAAUGCUCACGAAAGUUUCAUUAUCAGAAGAAAAGAUAUACAAGGAGUACUGGGAAAAAGUUGAAACCAUCUUCAAUAUAAAAGUUGACCAAAUGAUAAAAGAACCAUGUGUUGAUGCAUCGACUGGAUGUUCCUACGUUGUUCGUUGCCAUUACACUGUCGGCGAGAAAGAUCAGAAGAGGGCUGCCGAACUACCUGAACUUCCUUAUAUGCUCGUCGAGGCCAGAGAGAGUGCAGAUCUUUGGUGUCUUGGGCUUUUGCUAUAUACUCUUUGCAGUGAUGGGCGCCCUCUUUUCCCAGUGAAUGUGAAGUCGGGUCACCUUCUUGACUAUCAUACUAUCUUAAAUUGGAACAUGGAUGCCGCUCGGGCGAACAUUUAUGAAAAUAUAGACGACCCUAUUGCACAGGAUCUGCUCCUGAAACUUCUUUCUCCGUUUGAGGAACGGAAUAAUUUGACGAUGGAAGCAGUCAUUUCUCAUCCCUUCUUUUCUCCUUCAAGUAAAUCCCCGCUGCGCAAUAAAAUAGUCGACCAAAGGACCAACGAAAGUGCUGCUCACAUGCGAAAUCGGAUGAAACUCAUUUCUGCUAAAUACGAAUAUGAUUGGCUUGCAUCUCGCACCGUGCACGUCAAUUGCUGGAAUUUCGACAUGCUUAAAACGUUCCAUUUCUCGUCAUCCGACAUAAUUCGAAAACUCAUCGGCAGCAAAGAUUCCUUGCCUUCAAGCUUUAUUAUGCUGCCUUAUAAAUUGUCGGCCAAGAACAAAAAAGGGAAGCUAUCGCCCACAACAAAGAGAGAUGUUGAGCGAGCAGAACGUAUGGGUGUUUUGGUUUUGUCCUUAGCAAAAACUCUUUCUUUUGGCUCUUAUGUGGAAGAAGCGAUUGAGAAAUCGAGUGUGGGACAUAAAUGGGAUGCUGUAACAUUAUUGAACUCUGUCAGUUUUCCUUCCGAAGCCUACGAGGAUCUGAAGGAAGAAUUUUACAAAGUUGCUGCCGAUCACAUUGAGGCGUUUCGUGCAGAUCCACGAAGCGUAGUGACAAAGUUGGUUGAACGACGUUACUUCGAAAUAAAAUCAAUUUUCAAUGAAGCAAAAAAAGCUUUCCUAUACCUUGUUGACGAAUACAUGGGAGUACCUCUUGUGGGAAACACAUGCACUCCAUAUCCUUUUGAAAUAUCCGGGACAACUAUGGAUAGCAACUUGACUAAAAUACUUCCAUUCAUGCACGCCUGUUCCAUGGUCGUGAGAGUGACCUCCGGAGGUAUUUCUGGAAUUGUGCGCCUUAUAUUUGAAGCAGCAUUUGUAAGUAUAUCGGAUAGUUUGAAGUUGUCGAGCUUAAAAUCGAUUGUAAUAUCUUCUCAUAUUUUCUUUCCUUUAAGCCACACGUUCCACCGUCUUGGACCCAAGCAGGAUCUGGAUUAAUGUACUCUUUGAACGAAGAGAUGAUAAAAAGAGAAAUUCUUUUAUUGCAUCGAACUUUGUCUGGGUUGAAGUCAUCGAGGGCACGACGUAGCCUUGCCGACGACCUUGCGGAUGUCAGAUCAAUGUGCAUCGAGGUAGAUGUGCGAGGAGAUUUUGCAAAUCUUCAUCGAGUUCAAUGUUCGGAUUUGUCUCUGUGGACCUCUCCUGAUUGCGUGAAACUGAUCCAAGACGCGUGCGAUGGCUAUGAUUUCAAGCAAGCUCUGAAGAUUCAGGCCGAUCUCGAGUCGAAGUUGACUUCGCAGGAACAGCUGAUAAAGCAACUGCAAGAGAAAAUUGAUAUAAUGAACUGGCACAAAGAGUUGAAUCUCAACGUACCUGACUCUUCGGGACGGACAAAAACAUUGACGACUCCGCAUGGUAGCCAAAAGAAGGGCGCUGUGAACCUAUCACCUAACAGUAGCAGUCAGGCUGGUAAAGGUGCGGAUGUAGCAUCAGUGGCGACCACCAACUCAAGAUCGACAUUGCGUGACAAUCUUAGUGUCGACUAAUUUUCUGCAUCAUGGUGUGCUUUUAUACGAGGAAAAAGAUAUGAUGACACUAGGAGCGACGGUAGUACGAUCGAGUCAUGGGAUGCCAAUCUCUUUUUGUAUUUGGUUUACAUGGUUUCUCUGACCUUACAUGGUGACCAUUGUCGCAGAAUCCGAUGGGUAUCUGCCGUGUUGCCUUUUUUAUGGAUCAAUUUGUCGUAACGAUACAAACAACGAAAAUUAAACUGUGUAAUAUUGA